AUGUCGUACCGCAUGCUCAUCUUCCUUCACCGGAAAGAGGGUCUUUCCCACGCCGAAUUCAAGGACCAUUAUGAAAACGUCCAUGUACCCCUCACGAAAGAACUCACCGGCUCGCUGUUCCCGAUGUUGCACUCGCGCCGCUAUAUAGCGCGCUCGCCAGAUGACGGCAAGCCCAUGGUGCUCGCCGGAGCAAAGGGAGAAGAUGAGGCCGAUGCUGUGGUGGAGGUCGCGUUUAAGGACGAAGCGGCCGCGCAAGCUUUCUUCGCAGCGACGAACAGUGGCGAGGCGAUGGAACGGUUGAAGAAGGAUAAUGAGCAGUUUUUGAACUGGGAGAAGUUGAGGAUUUUGAAGAUUUCGGAGGCUUGA